CACCAGUCAAUACGACCUUGUUAUUAGGCCAUGGUCACUGAAAGCAGACGACUUCCUGUUCCUACCAAACGAUAUCCGAGACAAGCGUUUCCUGUGGGUUGAAGGCGGUAACACCAUAGAUAAGCUGUGGAAGACGUAUCCAAGUCCUGACUAUCUUCUUGAGGAUUCCCCGACAGGGCAGUUUGGAGAAAAUCCAAUCAAGCUAAUUCCUGUUUGAUAGUACGAGUGAAUAUUCCCAUUACUACUCGCUAUCGACUGACGACUUGAGCCUCAUUACUGGCGAGCUUCUGCAUUAGCUCUUCCACGACACGAAACAGCUUGGAGGGAUCCCUGACGGAGCGAAAACCAAUCAAAAUGACUGUCGUAUGAUCGGCUUCUCCGUAUCCAUGGUAACAGGAAGGGUACUUCCCAGCAAGCAUCUCUCGUGAUAUUCUACUGGCUGUGACAAGAUAUAUUAAAGUUCGAGUACACACCAACCGCUCAGAUGGCAGUUUGGCCACAACAAGGUAAAGAGCCCCCUCUGAAGCUAAACUUUAGCAAAGAGCUUGCUCUCCAUAGGAAACUAAAAAUGAAUGCGUUAGUAGGAGACGGUUCAUAUAGUGGGAUUGUACCAUACGAAAAUAAACGUAAGGGAACUUGGAAAAACUUUGUGAUACUGUGCUUAUCAACCUUUUUAAGUUUCGUGGCAGUGUUUCCUUCACGGAAUCUGCAAACAAGUAUACACAGUUCGUACCGAAUGGGAACAAUAUCUUUAUGUGCUUUGUACGGAUUCUAUAUCAUCGGGUGCCUCACAUCUAACAUCUGCAUCCAGCAUUUCAGGGCGAAAUGCCUCCUGUUGGUAGCGUUAAUCUUUCACGUGUUAUAUUCAGUGUCCAAUGUCAUCCCUUCCAUGUAUACUCUUAUCCCAGCCUCGUGUUUACUGGGCCUGUGUCAACCACUUUUCUGGAGUAUCCAGGAGAUCACCCUUCUUGGAUACGCUUUAAACUACUCUGCCUUCUCCAACAUAAACCUGGAUAGCUCGCUUCGUCUUUUCCAGACCCUAAUAGUGAUAACUGUCCACUCGGCCCAAAUCCUCGGGAACCUUCUAAGUUCCGGUCUACUUUCCCUCUCCGAUGUCGACUGUGCUGAUAUCUGGUCAAAUGAAUUUUCCAAUGGAACAGAACUUCAAGAAGUUGGAGCAUUUGCUAAAUCGGAACGAUGGACAUACACCCUACCCUUGAUCCCUGUACUGACGCGGAAACUGUCUGACCACCCGGGGCCCAUAAACUAUUACCAGUUUCUGACAGUCCUCUACCUCUGUCUCGGAGUAGUGGCGAUGGGUGGGGUCCUGAUAUUCUUUGAGAGCCCUGACAUACUUCUCAAGAGGAGGUCUGGCUCAUGGAAAGAAAAGAUGAUGGAGGUAAAGGAUACAGUGUGUGAUGCCAAGGCAUUCCUUGCAGGAUUCGCUGCCAUAUUCACUGGAUACAUUCAAGGAGUCAUCAUCGCGGAUAUACUGAAGCAAUAUGGUACUGACGUGUUUGGCUGCUUCAUCGUCGGUUACAUGAUGAUGUGCUUUGGCACCGGGAACUUGGCGUCCAUCUUGGCAUUCGACAAGCUCAAGCAGUAUGGGUUGUCUGCCAUCUCACUCUCAGCAGGUUUCAUCUUGAACACAAGUAUUCUCAUCACAGCGUUUGUGUGGCGACCUACUUCAUCUCAGUCAACAGCGUUAUUGAUGUAUCUGGCGAUGUGGGGAGCCGGUGAUGGGAUUAUACAGUCUCAACUGCAACUGGCUAUUCCGAAGUACACACCCAAACUCAAGGAAACGGCAUUAAUUGCUCUCCGUGUGUGUAACGGGAUUGGCCUGGAGCUCAGCUUCAUCGUGUCCCUAACGCUGAACAACCUGAUGACGUCGCUGUACAUUGCAAUGGCGCUCCAUCUCAUUGGAUUCUUGGGCCUCGUGUUGGUGGCAUGUGACUCUAAAAGUCGAGACGAGGAGGCUUCCACGGAACCAGAACACUUAGAAACAGCGGUGCCUAUAACUCAGGACCCACCAGACAUCACAGAGUCGACAGAAUCAUUGGCGUAGAUUGAUUUUAGUAUUGCUUUUUUUGGAAUGCUUGCGUAAUUGAGGUUUUCGCUUCAUAACUUCUUGAUACACGUGAACAAAACAGCCCACAUUUAUUUAUGCUUUUUUCGCUUUUAGGAUUUGAGGAUUCAAGUGCAAGGAAUGGAAAGAUGCAAAAGACACCAAUCAUUUCAUCAUAGAUGUUUUUAUUCAUAUAGAAUGUACAUCCAUUAACUUCAACUGACAAGUAAAAAUCUAUUUGAUAUCAUAGUGCAUAUGUAGUCUUUCCUUAUUUAUUAAACGAAGAAUAUAUAGCAGUGAAGUUUAUGUAUUUUUCUCUAAGUAACCAAUUUGAAAAAUAGCUAAGUGUUGAUAUGUUAUUAAUAAUUUUAUAAUUGAAAGCUAUUUUAAGCGGGAACAUUGCGAUCUUCUCAAUUGUAUUAUGAAUAACUGCCCUACAAAAUCGUGUUUGUACCAUUGCAAGCUUACACCAUAUCCCCACUGAUCUCUCAAAUACUCUGGAUGUAAUUUCUCAAGGAGCUGUAAUUUUUCAAAAUUACCAAACAAUAGAACAGGUUCAUAAGUAACAAUCACAUACACCACCAAGCAGAGAACUAUAAGAAAAGACUGAACCAGAUAUCAUGAAAGAAACACAAUGUAAACGAUGAGUUUUGGAAUAAGUGUCAUGUCUGUGUUCUUACCAAACAAGGGAAGACUGUUUUUGGCUCCGUGAUAUCCUUUGUCAUAUGGCGUGGAGAAGAGUCGAGAUGUGGUGUGUCAUCAAUAUUUCUUGUGAAUAUGUGUAGCCCAUUGAUGUCUUUAUGGCAUCAAUACAGUAACCAGAACAUGUAUUUUGUACUGCUUUGUAUCAAUACACUCCUGGAAACCAUAUAUUGAAUACAUGUAUUAUGGUUAAACAUUUCAGAAAACGGACUUCCGCAACUAUGAACAUUCCAUAUUCUGUACUAUUUGUAUGUAAUGUGUAUCCGUUGUUGCAUGUAACACCAUGACUGGUUGUGACGUAUUUGUUACGAUUGCAAAUGGCCCUCGUGCCAUAGAAUGUUGGGAAUUGCUGUCUGACCUUGAAACCAACCAGGCUUCAGUAGUACAUACAGCACCAUGGCAAACUUUAUUUGUGAAAUUGGUUGCUACAAAACAAGCAUACUCCAUACUAUUAUCAAAUGAGUUUAGAUUUGUAUAUAAUGCCAUUAAAUGUUUGCAAAGAAUUGACGUUUCGUGCAUUUUGAAUGUACCGUUUGUGUCAACUACGUCAUGAUAUAUUGCGAUCUGUAAACUUUUGGUUGGCACCAAAAUGGUAAACGUCGGAACUGCAUCACUUUAGGUUUUCCCUCCACAUUGGACCUACACACCGUCAUAGAAAUGAAAUCUCUUCAAAACGACGUUUAACACAAAUCACACACUCACUCCGAAAUUAUGUGUUUUAGUCAGUACUAAUUUAAAGAGAUAUGAUUUACAUAAAUCCUACCUUUGUAAAAUGUUGUGAUUUAUGAAAGAUUCUAAACAUAGUGACCCUGACAGGAAUAUUAGGGGGAAAUCAUCACUUUGUUCACACCUGGGGUUUUUUGCAUUUAAUAUUGUUUAAAUUCAAAGGUAGGCCUAGUUUACCAUUGCAUUUGAGACUUAUUCAGUUCAAAAGUAUAAGCUUGACCUAGUUAUUCGGUGUUAUCACUGAAAUACCUAUUAUUUCUACAAAGUCCCCAAAGUAGCUAAUUGUUACAUAUACACAUA